AUGGCAGAUAAGUCCAAUGCCAACAAGACUAGUAUCGCUCAAACAACAACGCGGGAACCAACUUGUCAGAAUUUCAUAACCAAUACUGUUAAACAUGGACCUGGAAAGAUUUUUGGAAUCAUCUUGACAUUUGUUCUAACCCAUCUUCUUUACCAUCUGCUAAAGCCUCUCUCUCAACCUCGCAUAACUUCUGAGAUUGUUAUAGGGAUUCUUAUUGGAAACAUACCAUGGAUUCGUGAUUCUUGUGAUGAAAAAUUUAUAACAACACUGAAUUUUAUAGCUGAAUUUGGGAUGAUUUGCUAUAUGUUUGUGUUAGGAAUGGAAAUGGAUCCUUAUGUGAUCUUUAAACAGCCAACUCAACCCGCUAUAAUAGCCUAUGCAGGGAUCAUAUCUACAUUCAUCUUAGCUUGUAGCAUAAUCCCAUUUAUGCAGUACACCCAAAAUACAGACAUUGGCUUCACCCUUUCCCUCUCAAUCAGCCUCUCAGGCAGUGGUUCACAUAUACUCACUCGGAUCAUAACCAAUCUCAAAAUAGGCAAGUCAGAUAUAGGAAAGCUUGUGAUUGCAGCAGGAGUGCACACUGAUAUGAUAUCUAUGCUUCUCAUCUCCAUUGGAUAUAUUUUUGUAUCUUCAUCAUCAAGAUUUGCUGAUCUUUCCGCCCGACUUACGAGCGUCUUAACUAUGAGUUGUACAUUGCUGCUUCAAAUAGUUUUCACGGCAAAAAUUUCUCCAAUCUUUAUGAACUGGGUGAACAAUGAAAACCCAGAAGGGAAACCCAUGAAAGGCUCGCAUUUAGUGCUCUCCAUUGCCUUCAUGGUCAUGAUUUGCACUGCCUCUCCAAUUUAUGGAUACAGUCCCAUUCUCAGUGCAUUUAUGGCUGGAAUUUUUCUUCCAAGUGAGGGCAGGGUCUCCAAAUGGGCAGUUGGUAAAAUCAACUAUCUGCUAACCACCUUUUACUAUCCAGUUUUUUUCUUCUGGAUGGGUUAUCAUGCUAAUUUCCAGAAAUUUGAACCUGGCAAAUGGGGAACAUGGGCAAGGUUCUUUGUCCUUGGAGUAAUAACACUACUCGGAAAAGUGGUCGGCACAGUCAUCUGCGGGGCCAUGUUAGGUUAUCAUUGGCGCGAAUCGUUUGAACUUGGAUUGCUUUUGACUGCCAAGGGUCAUUACCAUGUAUUCUUGGCUAUUCUUUUUAGCAUGUAUGGCAUUACAAGUACUUCAACCAGCAUAAUGAUGGUUAUUGUGAUCUUCUUCACAGUUGUGCAAACUCCAUCAAUUGUGACGCGAAUCAUCCAACGAGCAAGGAAACGUGCACCCACCCAUCGAAGGGCUCUUCAAUGGCUCGAUCCCAUGGACGAGCUUCGAAUCUUGUUUUGUGUUCAUGGAACGCAUAAUGUGCCUUCAACCAUCAACUUCAUGGAGAUUUCUCGAGGGACAGCAGAUCCUGGAAUUUUAGUUUGUGUCACUGACAUGGUUGAACUUACGGAUCAAAUAGCUGCCACAAUGGUGCAAGGUGAUGGAACGGAAACGGUCACAGUAACUGAUAAGCAAGUAACAGACAUGAGAGAUCAGGUCACCCAGACAAUCCAAGCUUAUGUGGAUGGAAGUGGAGGUGGUAUCAUUUUAAGAAGAAUGCUAGCUCUUUCAACUUUCAAUAGCAUGACUCAAGACAUCUGCAUUUUAGCAGAGAACUUAAUGGCCUCCCUGAUCAUCUUGCCAUUUCACAAGAACCAGAAUGCAGAUGGAACUUUAGAUGGGGGUAAUCCUGGGUUUCGAUAUGUGAACCGGAAGGUGCUUAGAAAUGCGCCAUGUUCAGUUGGGAUUCUUGUGGAUAGAGGUCUUGGAUUAGCUGAUAAAAUAUCAACAACACCAAGAUCCUUCCAUGCAGCAGUCAUCUUCAUCGGAGGCAAAGAUGACAGAGAAGCACUAGCCUAUGCAGGUCGUGUAGCUCGACAUCCAGGAGUAAAGCUCACAGUGAUAAGAUUCCUGCUAGAUGACAAUUCAGAAAGCAACAGAAGAACAGGAAAUUACAGAGUAAAUCUUGCUGAGCAGGAAGCAGAAAUGAAGCUAGACGAUGAGUGUUUUGCUUACUUCUAUGAAAGAUAUGUUGCAGGAGGGCAUGUCUCUUACAUGGAGAAGCACAUGGCCAAUUCAGCUGAGACCUAUGCAACUCUGAGAUCAUUAGAAGGGCAGUAUGCACUAAUCAUCGUAGGACAAGGAGGGAGGGUGAACUCAAUAUUAACAGUUGGGAUGAAUGAUUGGCAGCAAUGUCCAGAAUUAGGCCCAGUAGGGGAUGUGCUUUCAGGGUCUAGUUUCUCACUCAAGACCUCUGUUUUGAUCAUCCAACAACACCAUCUCAAAGGAGAACUAGAUGGGGUGGAUCAUGAAUUCUCGAUCAUGUAAAUUUUCUAGUGACAUAGGUCAAAAAUCUUAGGCAGGAAAGAACCAGAGAUUACUUGUAGAAAUACAAUUGGUAGAAUGAACAGAAAUGCAAAUACGCAAUGAGAAGUU